AUGCAAAUUAUCGAGGUUUUAAAAUAAAAACCUUCCAAGAAUCAAAAACAAAUCAUCCUCAACUAUUAGAACAUCAGAGAGAUAGGCUUGCAUAAUUCUUUCAUGUACAUUACAACUUUGUGUUUAUCUCAUAAUUGCAUUUAACAUCUUGAUGGAAUCGAAUAGUUUGUGUAAUUAACUACGCUCUCCCUCCAUCACAAUCUAAUUCAAAGCGUUAAUGAGUUAAAUAAAAUCAAACAACCUCAUCUACUUAAAUUGCUCAAUGUUCAUCAUAAUCCAUUUACUGUUAAUCCAACAUAUUCAACUGUCAUUUUGUAGAAAUUCUGUUAUUUGGAGUAACUUGAUAACCAAAGGUUAAAUAAGUAAUAUUAUUAAUAAUAUUUUCAUUGGAUCAAAUGCAUUGGUUAAUUGCUUAUUCCCUACUUGAACGAAAAUUGUGUAUCAGAAUAAUUAGUUAAUUAAUUGUCCAUUGAAUUAAAAAAAUAUGAAAUUUGCAUUUUUAAGCUAAAUUCCAUUAUAUACACGCAUCUGAUUAAUUUUCACUAUUCAAAUUAGCACACUAAUUAACAACUUUAACAAUCAGGAGAAUAAGUAUUCUCAAAACUCUUAGAUAUCUUAAAUAAUAACCAAAAAAGCAAUGAUCUUUAGAUGUGUUUGAUGAAUCAAGCAUUGUAAGAUUAAGAGAUAGAUUUAUUUGAAUUCUAAUCUAAUAACGUCUACAAAUAACAAUGUUUAUAUUAAAACUUUUUGUAGUUGAAUGACAUUAUUUUUAAGGAAUAAUAGUUUUGCUUUCCUUAUUUCCCUUUAUGCCUUGAUUAUGUUAAAUCAAUUAUAGAAUUAAUUAAAAUAUAAUUUAAAAGACAAAAUAAGUAUGUAAAUACCAGAUUUCAGUAAACUUCAUUAUAAUCCUAUCGUUAAUAAAGUGUGGAAUAUUAAGAAAAUACUCGAUCUAAUCAUGAGAAUAAUUAAUAAUCAAUAAAUAAGACCAAAUCAAGUUAAUCAAUUGGUAGAAUGAAGAAUAAUACUAAUAAAUCUAUUUUGACUUCUUAAAGCUAGUUAAGUCAUAGAAUAAAUCAUAAUUCUGUUUCCAUUUUUGUUAGAGUCUUAAAUAAUUUCACAAAAAAAUAAACUGAACAUUAAUAAUAAUUAGUAUUUGAUUUCUUGAGGAAAAGAGCGCAUAUUCAAUAAAUUUUUGAGAAAAUCAUGAAGAGAAGAUAAAUCGGACUUUUGAAACACAGCUUUACUAAAGUGAAAUAGCUCAUAGCCACAAAAAUUAUAGCAAAGGUUACACAACCAAUUCUCUAUAAUAUAAAGGAGGAAGCAUUCAAUAUUAUGCUUAGGCUGAAAAAUAGAUAUGAGGCUAAAUAGCUAGAAAAAAGUGUAGAACACUUUGAAAUAUAAAGGAAGAGAUUAGUUUUCUCAAUUUUGCUAAUAAAUCAAUAAUAAAUGGCCUAAUAAAAAUAAGCUUUAUUUUCAUUGAUAAAGAAAUAGAGAUAGCUACCUUUAAGAGAGCAUUUUUAAAGAUGGAAGAUUUAUUCUAUUAGUGAAUAAUUUUAUGAUUAGAUUUUUCAAUAAAAAAGUAACGAAAUAAGGUCAUUAGCAUCAAUUUCUACAAGAAAUGAAAUGUUUAAAAAGUACCCAACUAAAUCAAUUUAAUUUUUAGAAAGCAAUUCUACACUUGACUAAGAUGGAAAUAAAUAAUAAAAAAGAAAUUCAACAACUUCCAUCAAUCAACAUUUAAAAAAUAAUGGAACAAACAUAUACUGUGAGUAUGUAGUUAUUAAUAAAUUAAAGAAAAAAAAGAAGAAGAAGUCUUUGAAGAAUUCUAAAUCUAAAAAAGAGAGUAAAAGUAAAUAAAUUAAGAAUAAGUGUGGUAUCUGUAGAGAUUAUUUAGAUGAAAAUGGAAAUAUCAUAGAGAAGAAAGAAAAAAAAUGA